AUGCACACCCCUGGUACCUUCACUAACCAGAUGCAGAGCUCCUUCAGCGAGCCCCGCCUGCUCAUCCUCACUGACCCAAGGUUCGACCACCAGGAGUCUGCUCUGGGGAACAUCCCUACCAUUGCCUUCUGUGACACUGACUCUCCCAUGCGAUACGUCGAUAUCGGCAUCCUAGCAAACAACAAGGGGAGGAACAUCAUUGGCUGCCUCUAUUGGCUCAUGACCAGGAUGGUUCUGCAGAUGCCCGGAGAUCGACCGUCCUUGCAUGAUGUGAAUGGAGCUGCUGCUUGGGACAUUGCGUCUCAACAUUUGUUCCGUGGAUUUGACGCACAGUUUCAGUCAGUCCAAAGUGAUUAG